CAACGAACAAACGACCCUCUAAAGUCACCCAUGCAAUCCUGAUACCAAUGUUCUUCAAGCUUAUCCUCUUAUCCUCAUUCUUCUAGUCUGAUAAGGAUCGCCUUCACGGAAUCCGGCGUUCACGUAUAGAAUCACGGAGGUCGCCGGGAGGCGGGGGCGGGGCAAUCGGGCUUCUCUCCCCGCUUGAUGCAUGCACUAGAAACACGCCUACCGUCCAACUGCCGCACUAACAGAACCCAAAGCCGCUUGUUAGAGAGUGAGCACGUGCAAUGCGACAAACAGAGUUUCUCUGCUGAUAAGAUAACGAACCAAACGAAACAUCCCUGGCUGGCGCCUUGUUUCCUGGGACUGCCCUGGGCUGCCUAGUCCUAGUCCUAGUCCGAGCCCAAAGCUUGACAUCAGCAAAUUCACUAUCAUCUUUUUUCCCCGUUUCGCGUUUCUUCUCGUUCCGGUCGCGCACGAAUCGCGGAACUUACAGACAUCAUGGGCAAGCGCAAGUCCUCAAGCAAGCCCAUGGGGCCCAAGAAGAAAGAUCCCCUUCCUACCACUUUCGCAUGCCUCUUCUGCAACCACGAAAACUCGGUUUCGGUCAAGCUCGACAAGAAGGCUGGUGUCGGACAACUCGACUGCCGUGUCUGCGGACAAAAGUUCCAAUGCGCGGUCAACUAUCUGUCUGCGGCGGUUGACGUUUACGGUGAAUGGGUUGACGCAGCAGAUGCCGUCGCCAAGGAGGACAACGCGGAGCCUGGCUACACUGGCACAUCUCGAGCAGGAGCUGGACGAGGUAACCGAACGGCGGUCGAUGAAGACGACGACGAGCACUACGGAGAGGAUGACUAUUAAUCGUUUCUUUUAUGCGCCUUGUAUCAAUACCAAGACUUGUUACACCCAUGACUCGACAACCCCUUUCUAUGCGCCUUCGACUCAGGAUAUAUAACCUUUGCGAUGAUUCCUUCCUCAGAUGGUGUAAAAUCUGUCUCCAAAGUCUCCCAGGCCAGGAACGAUAUAACUGUUGGUUGGUCAGCACAUCAUGUGUCAUUCGGGUUGAGCAUCCAUACUUCUUCUCGUCGAGACCCUAGAAAUGCCUGGUUAGCCAAUACGUUGCGACAGUGUGUGCAGGCGGUGUGGCAAACCUCAUCGAUGAAAGCCGUCACGACCCUCAAGCGGGGGAACUUGGCAGAGAAGUUCUUGACACCCUCAGGGCUUGCAAUCAAGUUGAGGAAGAGGAUGUGUUCUUCGGGAACGCCCCUGGCCUUGAGGACUUGAACCGCCAUGGUAGCAGAGCCACCUGUAUAUCUGCGUUAGACGGAUUGCGACAUGAAUGACAUGUGAAAUGGGAUAUCGUCGUACCAGUAGCAAACAUGGGAUCCAGAAGAAGCACCCAUCGGUCAGCAAUAUCCUCGGGCAGCUUAUCGUAGAACAGCUUGGGCUGGGCCGUCUCCUCAUCACGCUGGAUCAAGAUCUUUCCAAUACGAACAGAGCGGCAGCAGUCGCGGAGACCCUGUUCCAUAGCCUCACCAGCUCUCAUGAUGGACACUCCGCAGAUCUUGCCCUGGAACAUGAGACCAUUGUAAUUUCGGCCAAUGGGUGUAGUGACAGUGUGCUCAAUGACAGGCAAGUGGUUGAGACCCUCCUCAACUAGCAAUCGAAUGAUUCGGUUGGAGUAAAAGAUGAAGUCUGCUCUCUCGGUCUCCUUGCUACGAAUUUUCCUGGACGAUUCUCAGCUCCGAGGCUUAGGACGCCCAAUUAGGGAAGUGAACAUACGACAGUAGGGCAAUGAGCUGAGGGGUCUGCGACAGAACAUGGACAUUGUCUAGCUUGACGUCGACAGAGACGGUGGCACUGGGCUUCUGCUGGUGAGUGCGGUAUGAGGGACCGACGGGUGUCGUGUGAGUAUCUUGAGUCUUGUCCGCCAUGUUAGCUGUUGUUAGUGUUCGAGGUGGUGUAAGAAGUCAGCGGUGAUGGCGGGGUUGAAGUAAAGUUCAGAUAUUUCCAAGUGGGCGAGCGGAGUACAAUCGUAGGUAUAACCUAGAAAGAGGUUGAAGAACAAAAUAAGAAAGGUUCAGUAUAGGAUUGAAUGAAUUGAAAGGCGGAGAGAAGAGCUCGGCAUCAAUUAGAGCUCUCGAGGAUAAGACAAGUCGGUAGCCCUGCAUUGCAUUGCAUUGCCCGCUU